AUGUUAAAGUUGUCCUCAGAUCUAACUACUAGUCCAGGGAAGUUACUAUUGCAGAUAGUCAUCCUACAAUGCUUCUACUAUUUAACAGCAUUGGUAGUGUUCUACUUAAUAAGUUCAUUGAACGGAUACGAUUUCAAUUUAAAUUUCAUCUUUCUGUGGGAACUCAUAUCUUCAGAUAAUGCUAUGGGAUUAAUUUUAUUUGCCAUGUGGUUAUUUGAUUCAUUAUUAUGUGUUUUGUUUGUCACUAUCAUUGUAGGAAGAUCCAAAUUAGCAUGGGAUUUUGCCUUAACGGUUCAUAUUAUAAAUUUAAUCGUGGUAUGGAUUUAUAGUGGGAAAUUCCCAACAUCGACCUUAUGGUGGUGUUUACAAAUCUUAAGUGCUACAUUAUUAGUUACAUUAUCAACAUAUUCAACCCGAUGGAGUGAAUUAAGGACCACAUUCUUUGAUAAUAUGUUAGAAAGUCGAGAUCGAAAUCUCGAAGAGGGAAAUUCCAUAGAAUUAGAGAACUUAAAUAAACCUUCAUCAUCUUAA